UUGUCCGCCCGGGCCUCAUCACCGCGGACAGGCGGGACAAAGCACUUGUCCGCAGCGGAAACCGUCGAGUGUGAGUCCGGAGCUUCGAGCGGUGACUCGGCUCCUCUGGUUCUCUCCUGGUUCUCAAGACGCUUCACCUCCAUCUUUAUUCUCCAGCGGCUUUUUAAACUCUUCGAUACGGACUUUUCUCUUUUUGUUCCUCCGCGAAGGGAACUUUUCACAGGAAGCAGGGACGAGCCUCGGACUCUUCUCAGUUCUCGGGAUCUUUUGAGAGAUGUUCAACAAGCAGCAGUACGAGAGUCCGCCUGUCUACAGUCCUCCCUUCACCUCUCCAUCCAACAACGGCUUUGGCCCCGCAGCCAGCUUCCAUGGCCCUCAGAGCGACUACAACGCGUACCCACCUCCGCCGGGAUCGUACUACGUGGAGGACAAGCCACAGCACUUCUACAAAUGGCUGUCGCCUCCCGGAAUCAUCAAGGCCAUGAUGGCUACGGUGAUUGUGCUGUGUGUGGCGAUAUUUGCCUGCGUGGCUUCCACUCUCAUGUGGGACAUGCAGUAUGGUUAUGGUGGUGGAAUGGGCUACGGUGGAGGCGGAGGAUACGGCGGCGGGGGCUAUGGAGGUAGCUACGGCGGUGGUGGCUACGGCGGCGGCAGCUACGGUUCAGGAUAUGGAGGAUAUGGAGGUUACGGAAACGGCAACUACCAAGGUUCCUACAUCUCGCCCUCCUCGGCCAAAGCCGCCAUGAUCGCCUUGGCGGCCAUUAACUUCAUCGGAGCGCUGGGGUUCUUCAUUGCCAGUUUCUCUAAAUCCAACAUGGUCCACACCAGGAAGUUCUUCCUGGCCCUCAUGAUAACCAGCAUCAUCCUGGCCGCUCUGCAGGGCAUCAUAAACAUCGUCUACAUCGUUGGAGUGAACCCCAUGGCCCAGGGCUCCUCCAGUAUGAUGUACAACCCAAUGCUCAUGAUGUGCCAGAACCUGUACCAGAGCGGCUACUCGCAGAUGGGAGGAGUCGGAGGUUUCCCCAUAUACAACCAGUACCUCUACCACUACUGCUUCGUGGACCCACAGGAGGGAGUUGCCAUGGUGUGUGGAUUCCUGGUGGUGAUCGCUCUGGGUGUUGCAGCUUUCUUUGCGCACAAAACCAGAGGGAAGAUCUGGCGCUAUGGGAAACCAAACAUCUACUGGAGGGAGCCACUGGUCGGGGGGAAGGCCUCGGAGGGCAGAGAUGUGGAGGACUGGGUGAACAAUGUGGAGGAAAGCCGCAGUGUGCAGGACGCCCCGACCCUGCUGAUGUCAGAGAAGGGAGGCGGGCUCCUCAACGCCUCGGUGAACAGUGUCAUCUCCUACCCCCCGGCCAAGGUGGACAGCAGCUCCUACAACGGGGACACAUACACCAACAACGAGUACUCGGACAGGACCACAAGCCGCCCCUCGGAGGUCUUCUCCAACGGGGGAGGGACCAGCUCCAGCCCCUCAGAGGAGAUGAGCAGUGUCCGCAAACCCUCCGCCAACCGGGGCAAGAGACGCAGACGUAACCCAGAGCUGGACGAGUCUCAGUACGAGACAGAGUACACCACGGGAGGAGAGACGGGCAAUGAGCUGGAUGAAGAAGAGUGGGAGAGCUUGUACCCGGUGAUAACAUCUGAUGUGCAGCGUCACGACUACAAGAGGGAGUUCGAUUCCGACCUCAAGGACUACAAGCGCCUCUGUGCCGAGAUGGACGACAUCAACGAUCAGAUGAACAAACUCAGCCGGCAGCUGGACACACUGGACGACACCUCGGGCAAAUACCAGGUUGCUGCCGAGGAAUAUAAUCAGAUUAAGGAUCUGAAGCAGACACCAGACUACCGGUCUAGGAAGAAGCAGUGUCGCAGGCUGAGAUACAAACUGUUCCACAUCAAGCGCAUGGUGAAGAACUACGACAAGACCCACCCGUGAAUCCACUGGGGCCUGACUCCGCUCUGUGGUCCACACAGACACACACUCACAGACACAUGGGCCAAGAUACACUCCAAAACACUGCAAAGACCCUGGGACACACGCUGAGACCAAAGUUACCUUCACAGCACACACCGGAUACAGAGGGACCCAUUUUAACACACUCUCACUCACACAGGGAACAUAAUAAUAAUGAUCUACAUUCUGCCUGAUCAGAAUUGAAUCAGUCAUUACUUUGUGGGAAGCAAAUGGAAACUGGUCCGUCAGUUGAAGCCACUUCCGCAGCAAACACUGCCAUUUUUUAAAAGGUCCUGCUCGUGGUUUGCAGAGUGCACUCACAUGAGAGGUUGUUUGAAAGUCGCCUCACCUUCAGUCACCUGUGAUCACACCGGGGUUUGGUUUCUGUGGCUCUGUUUGCUCUCCAGAUUGCAAAACGUUUAUUUUUUUUAUCUCCACAGAUAAGAGGUGGUACAGUAUUGUAGGAGAACGUAGUUAUGGGUAUGAGGCAGGUCACGAGGAUCGAUUGCAAGUAAAUACUCUGUUUCUUCUAACCCGUGGCUAGACGUUAUCUUUACUGCAAAUUAACUGUAGUUGUGCUUUCCUCAUCUUUUGCGUCCGUGUUUUGUGACUAACUCCAGUGUCAGUGCAUUUUACUGCUCUCUGCCGGGACCACGAGUAUUUCAUCUCAACUAAGAUAUUUAUACCGAUUGUCAUAAAAGCGAGUGAGACCAAAAACAAAGGGCACAAACUGGCCAAUGAGAUACGUGUUGUUGUGUUGUAUAUAUGGUUAAUGAAUCUUGUUCACACUACGUACCAAGAACAAAUUUAGUGUAACCGUCUGUUAGAUUCAGCAAAUUUCUCAGCAUUCCUGAUGUUAUCUGUACAUACUAAAGAUCCAUAGAGGCCUGUUUUUUGUUUCUUUUGAUCAGUUGUCAUUCAAAAUAAGCUAAAUCUAUGCAAAAUGGUAAAAAAAACAAUAUACUUUCCUAAUAUUGUUUAUCAUGUCUGUUCCUCAACAAAUGUGUCUCCCUGUUUCCGACUGUCUGUAAGCCGAGCACAUCUUUUCAUUUGAUUCUUUUCCAGUAAAAAAUCAUCAUCAAUGUCUUAAUUGUUUUAUAUUAAUCCACUUCCUGUUCAUAGUGUUGCUAUCUGCUGUACCCUUAUGAAAUCGUUUAGACACACUUUUGAUUUGUCACUCAUCUGUAUUUUUAUGAAGAACUUUGUCGUCAUUUUACAAACCGUUUUGUGAGCCAUUUAUUUUUGUAUGAAUUUAUUUUCUUUGAUGCUAUUAUAAAAGACCAUUUUUUGUAACGGUAUGCUUCCACAUGGAAUUAUGUCUUAAAGGUAUUGAAUACAGUAAAUAAUAAACAUUUCUAAUUCUCUAAAAA